AGGCGGCGCGGAAACUUGGCCUCGGCUUUCCGGGAGCUGUGGCUCGGGAGGGGGUGGCGCAGGAAGGGUCGCUACCCAGUCGGGACCGGGCCGCCGGCUUCCCGGAGCGCCGUGCGCUCCUCCCGUCCCCGGGCUUGCGCUCUCGGAAGGGGCGCGCCCGCGCGAACCUCGCUCCCGUCACCGCCCACUCCUCCUCCCCGCGGCCGCCCCUCCCUCCGCCCGGACAGCCGGCGGCGGCUGCGGCGGCGGCGGCCGGGAGAGGCCCCUCCUUCACGCCCUCCUUCUUUCCCUCGCUCGCAGCGGAGCGGAGCCGGCGGACGCGGCUGGGCCCCCAACCCUCCCCGGGCCAUGGCCGGCAACGUGAAAAAGAGCUCUGGGGCCGGGGGCGGCGGCAGCUCCGGGGGCUCGGGCUCGGGCGGCCUGAUCGGGCUCAUGAAGGACGCCUUCCAGCCGCACCACCACCACCACCACCACCUCAGCCCCCACCCGCCCGGCACCGUGGACAAGAAGAUGGUGGAGAAGUGCUGGAAGCUCAUGGACAAGGUGGUGCGGUUGUGUCAGAACCCAAAGCUGGCGCUAAAGAAUAGCCCACCUUAUAUCUUAGACCUGCUGCCAGAUACCUACCAGCAUCUGCGCACUAUCUUGUCAAGAUAUGAGGGGAAGAUGGAGACACUUGGAGAAAAUGAGUAUUUUAGGGUGUUCAUGGAGAAUUUGAUGAAGAAAACUAAGCAGACCAUAAGCCUCUUCAAGGAGGGGAAAGAAAGAAUGUAUGAGGAGAAUUCUCAGCCUAGGCGAAACCUAACCAAACUGUCACUGAUCUUCAGCCACAUGCUGGCGGAACUAAAAGGAAUCUUUCCAAGUGGACUCUUUCAAGGAGACACAUUUCGGAUUACGAAAGCAGACGCUGCAGAAUUUUGGAGGAAAGCUUUUGGGGAAAAGACAAUAGUCCCUUGGAAGAGUUUCCGACAGGCCCUUCACGAAGUGCAUCCCAUCAGUUCCGGGCUCGAGGCCAUGGCUCUGAAAUCCACUAUUGAUCUGACCUGCAAUGAUUAUAUUUCAGUUUUUGAAUUUGACAUCUUUACAAGACUCUUUCAGCCGUGGUCCUCUUUGCUCAGGAACUGGAACAGUCUUGCUGUAACUCAUCCCGGAUACAUGGCUUUCCUGACGUAUGAUGAAGUAAAAGCUCGGCUCCAGAAGUUCAUUCACAAACCCGGAAGUUACAUUUUCCGGCUCAGCUGCACUCGUCUGGGUCAGUGGGCUAUUGGGUACGUCACUGCUGACGGGAACAUUCUCCAGACAAUCCCACACAAUAAACCUCUCUUUCAAGCCCUGAUUGACGGCUUCAGGGAAGGCUUCUAUCUGUUUCCAGAUGGACGGAAUCAGAAUCCUGACCUGACAGGCUUGUGUGAACCAACUCCCCAAGACCACAUCAAAGUGACCCAGGAACAAUAUGAAUUAUACUGUGAGAUGGGCUCCACAUUCCAACUGUGUAAAAUAUGUGCUGAAAAUGAUAAGGAUGUAAAAAUCGAGCCCUGUGGACACCUCAUGUGCACGUCCUGUCUUACGUCCUGGCAGGAAUCAGAAGGCCAGGGCUGUCCUUUCUGCCGAUGUGAAAUUAAAGGUACUGAGCCCAUCGUGGUAGAUCCGUUUGACCCUAGAGGAAGUGGCAGCCUGCUGAGGCAAGGAGCCGAGGGAGCUCCCUCCCCAAAUUAUGAUGACGAUGACGACGAACGAGCGGAUGAUUCUCUCUUUAUGAUGAAGGAAUUGGCUGGUGCCAAGGUGGAACGGCCUCCCUCUCCAUUUUCAGUGGCCCCGCAAGCCUCCCUUCCCCCGGUGCCACCGCGACUUGACCUUCUGCAACAGCGGGUGUCUAUUCCUUCAAGUGCUUCUGGGCUUGGAAGUGCUUCUAAGGCAGCUUCUGGCUCUCUUCAUAAGGACAAACCAUUACCGAUACCUCCCACACUUCGAGAUCUUCCACCACCGCCCCCUCCAGACCGGCCAUACUCUGUUGGAGCAGAAAGCCGGCCUCAGAGACGCCCCUUGCCUUGCACACCAGGCGACUGUCCGUCCAGGGACAAACUGCCCCCUGUUCCCUCUAGCCGCCUUGGGGAAUCAUGGCUGCCUCGGCCGAUCCCCAAAGUACCAGUGGUCGCUCCAAACGCUGGUGACCCCUGGACAGGUAGAGAAUUAACCAACCGGCACUCACUUCCAUUUUCAUUGCCCUCACAAAUGGAGCCCAGAACAGAUGUGCCUAGGCUUGGAAGCACAUUCAGUGUGGAUACCUCCGUGAAUAUGAAUAACAGCCCAUUAGCAGGUUCAGAGUUUGAGCACCCCAAAAUCAAACCUUCUGCGUCUGCCAGUGCCAUUUAUUCUCUGGCUGCCAGGCCUCUUCCUGUGCCAAAGCUGCCCCCCGGGGAGCAGGGUGAAAGUGAGGAGGACACGGAGUAUAUGACCCCCUCCUCCAGGCCUCUAGGACUUCCAAAACCGGAUGGGAAAUGGCCUUUGGACACAACCCAGAGUUCACGAGCGUGUGAUUGUGACCAGCAGAUUGAUAGCUGUACAUAUGAAGCAAUGUAUAAUAUUCAGUCCCAGGCGGCACCGGCUGUCACAGAGAGCAGCACCUUUGGUGAAGGGAAUCUGGCCCCGGCCCACGCCAGCACCGGACCCGAGGAGUCUGAAAAUGAGGAGGAUGGCUAUGACGUCCCCAAGCCGCCUGUGCCGGCAGUGCUGGCCCGGCGGACUCUGUCCGACAUCUCUAACGCCAGCUCUUCGUUCGGCUGGUUGUCUCUGGAAGGCGACCCCACUGCAAACUUCACUGAGGGUUCCCAAGUUCCCGAAAGGCCUCCCAAACCGUUCCCUCGGAGAAUCAACUCUGAACGAAAAGCAGGUAGCUGUCAGCAAGGCGGUGCCGCCCCCGCCCCACCGCAGCUCUCCAGUGAGAUCGAGAACCUCAUGAGUCAGGGAUACUCCUACCAGGACAUUCAGAAAGCUUUGGUCAUUGCCCACAACAACAUCGAAAUGGCCAAAAAUAUCCUCCGGGAAUUUGUUUCUAUUUCUUCUCCCGCCCACGUCGCCACCUAGCACACCCCCUCCCCGCUGCAGCGUCAGAGGACCAGUGAGCCGGCCGCUCUUACUGGAGUGGCACCUGCAAGGGCAGAGGUGCCUUUGGAGACUUCGCGGUGAGGUCUCGCCCUCUCUGUGGGGUUUCACAUCUGUGGUUCCAAGAUUUCAAAGCAGUGGAAUGAACAUGGAGCAGCUAGUGUGUUUUAUUAUUUUAUUUGUUUUGAGAGUGGAUUCGAAGGUGUCCUUCAGUCCUCACCUUAGAGUGUGGAUUCUUAGUAAAUGGUAGCCUACCUGGGGAACAGUCCGGAAAGCAGUAGAAGUAUUGUGCUGUAAAUCCUCACUGGGGACUUCAGACUUCCCUGGGUUAAGGAUGUGGUUGUGUUUCUGUCUGUCUGUGGUUGCGUGUGUCCUGUGAUUAUAAGAUUAACCUGCUGUGUGUGUUAAUCCCAGGCAGGGAAUUAGCACAAGAGGUUUAGGAAGGAAUCGUUUAAAGACUUCCAUCUACUGUGGUAUUCUACCCAACCCCAGUGUGUAUUACAACUUCAACACUCCCCGACGGCUUGGAUUACCACGUGCAUAGCUCAAGUCUUGUAUUUUUAGAACACCCUCCCUCUGUCCUUUGUCCUGCUUCCUCUUCCUCCUUGGUGUCUGUCAUUGGCAGUGGGCUUGCUGUGACCAGACUUACUGAAGCCGAGUGGCUUAUAGGAUGUUCCUUAUUACGUGUGAUGGUUGGUGUUGGUUUGUGUGGUAGAUGGGUAGUGGGGGAAAAAGUACUGUUGCUGUAUCCUUAUAGUCAUGUUUGAUCUAGCAGCUAACACUGGUCACUCCAAAGCACUGUUUCCAUAGGAACAUCGACUCUGUUAAAGUACGAUGUUUUCAUUAUCCUAAUUCCAUAAUGACUGAUUCGAGAUAGAGGCCUUCAGAUACAUUCCAUGCCCUCCCCAGAAGAUGGUCUGUGGGAGUCCGUUGCCUUGAUGCCAGGUAUGUGUUCUAACGUAGGCCGUGGGUUUUUCUGCUUCACGGGAAGGGAAGGGCAUUUGUUUCCAGCAAUGGCUUUCUGACCCGAAUACCACAAAACUUUUAGCAAGCUUCACGCACAGGCUCUUUCCCUUGUUCUGCAUAAGAUGCACAAAAUAGUGAAGAUGUCUCUGUUGGGUUUUUUUUUUUCCCGGUGAGUUAAUUCCAGCUUAUACGGGUGUCUCCCUUUGAACAUGAGCCAGGUUAUAUUUUCGGAGGAGAAUCUGCUCUUUGCCCUCGAAGGAAAGGGGCUGACACCCAUGGUGGUGCAGCAUUGCGCUGACAGCCCCAGUCCCGCAUCGGGGCCUCCGACAGCUGGGUUUCUCUUGUGCCUGUGGCUUUGGGCAUGUGGCACGUCCUUCCGUCUCCUCGUCACCUUAGUCCUGUGUACUCUCUCGUGACUGCGUUCUCCACGGUAAUUAGCAUUCAGUGUAUAAAUGACUUUACUGUGGUCAGAGACCGUAUGUGAGAAGCCUGACGAUUUGUGUAAUUGCAGGUUACAAAGGAGAUUCAGGGUCCAGCACGGGGCACCCGUUAGUCGGUUCCUGGAGGUGCUGCGAAAUGGCCCCUGGAGUUGGGUCAGUUCUCUGUCCGGUCUUUGCUGGCUUCCCCAGCAAAGCGGGUGUACCCCCUCGCUUGUCAGAAGCACGCCUGCUCUUUGAUCAAUCUGCCCUCCUCAAAACCUAAAUCACGCUUUUGUCUUUAGAUCCAGAAUCUCUUCAGAUCGGUUUUCUUUCUCAUCUUGUCAUCUGUGGAACUAAAACUUUUUCUAACUCUUCUCUUGGCUCUCAGCUGUUCCUAGACCUGUUGGCUUUAUCCUCUUGCCUCCAAACCAUUUACAUUCCCAGGGUAGAAGGUACAGGACUUCUUGUUGAUUUUCUCUGGUUCCCCAAUGUCUGCUCCACGUGGCGGAAAACAGCCCAGCCCACUGUCAGGUGCAGGAGGUCCUGAUGGUCGUGGCCGGGGGCAGGGAGAGUGGCAGUAACCUAGCGUCUCCUUCUAAAAGCCAGUAAGGAUAGGGUUUCGUUUGUGGUAAUGUUCAGUUUGUAUUUUGUUUAAAUGCUGAAGACCCAGACGAAAAACUGGAAGAAAUGGCAGCAUUUUCCAUGCCUUUCCACACUGGAAGUUUUCCUUGUCUGCAGACAUUGCCCAUAGUCUCAAGAUGUGUCAAGAGAACAGAACACUGAUUCUGCAUAUCUUUUGCCUGUUCAGUGUAUCCAGAAUCUUUGGAGAGUGUGUCCUUACAUACAUAGGCUAAGGGCGAGUUCAUCCUUUUGUUCCUCGUUGAGCGCCCCUGUGGCUCAUGGGGUCAGGCCUCCAACUGGGGUGUCAGAUCCCAGUGUUGGACAUACGCUUCAUUGAUCGGCUUGGUCAUCGGCCUGGCAGCUGGGUAGCUAUAGGCUUUCAAGCUUCUGAGACCAUUCUGUGAGGUUUUCUCUCCUCAGGUCUGUGAGGACAGACCUGGGUCCAAGCCUCAGGUCGCCAAGGUAGUCUCACGAAAGUUUUCACGUGGAGGCUUGUCUUGAGGGUGUUUCCAAAACUUUAAUCUCGUAAAUUUUCCUUGGGCUAAGGCACAAAUACCAGCUUCUUCAUCCUCCAUUCGUAUGGCAGUUUUUAAUUCUUGGGCUCUGCUCUGAAUUUAGAAUUGCUCUUUCAGAAGUAGGCUUUGAGUUUUGCCAUUUUGGGUAAACCCAUCUCCCUUCUCCCUCCGAAUUACAAGUGGUUCCUUCUGUGUUAACUUGCCAGGUGGGUAAGGUAAAAGUCACUUUGAUGUUUUUCUUUUUUCUCAAAUGCGUUAGGCUGUUCUGUUCAGUCCAGUCUCCUUUCCCUCUCUCUGGCUUGCCCUGCACGGCCUGCCUCUGUGCUCCUCUGUGCCCAGCUGCCCUCUGUGCUCCUUCCACUAAAGUAAAAGAUUCCCAGAGCAGAAAAACCUGUGGGCUCGUGAUAUACCUCCCUUUAAGAAAAUAAGAGAUUGGGCACUUUCCGGUCUCCACGUGCAUCUGUUCAUUCUUAUGUAAGUAAUGAUCUGCACCUUGGACGGCCAUUCUCUUCCACUAGCCCUCCUCCCCCCACUGAACACACUCCGCCAUUCUUCUGUGCUCUUCCCAGACAGACGACACCAGGGCCCAGGAUGGGGGACAGCGCUCGUAGUGUCAUUCAGCUGCUUUGCGGGUUAAAAUUUUUGGAAGGGGGUCGCUAUUCUUCAAUCCCCUCUAUAGAAAACUAAAAUAUAACUUAGGGUCCAAACAGCAGACCUACAAAUGAGUUUUUGUAAAUUUGCCAGCAGAGUAGGGACUGUAUAUUCCCUUCAAGGCACCAUGAUCAGACUUGACACCUGUGUGUGUGGGUGGUUGGCGAUGGUGUUGAUGCAGAAUAUUCUCCUACCUCACCUCAUGACAGUCAGGGUUCUAGACCUCCUUCCCAAGCUAAGGAAGUCCCCCCCUCCUGCCGUUGGCCUUUCUGACUCUGGUGACCGCUGCCCAGGGAACAGUGGUAUUCUAACCAUCGGCCUGGCCUGGUGGUUACCAGUUAGGUUGUUCGUUCAGCAAAUGUGUAUGAGCGAUUACCAUGUGCCAGAAGCGCCAGCUUCUCCGUGUCCCUCCCUGUCCCUCCCUGUCCAGGACUUGCAUUUGGCCCUAAAAUAGCUCAUCCCCAAAAGAUGGUGCAGUUUUUAUUCACAGCUCUUUUAUGUAGAUCUGUAUUUCCUUAAAGAGCUGUCCUGGGUGAAAUCAAUUCAAGGCUCUUCCGUUAACCCGUGUCGUCUUCCUAGAGCUUUGAUACUUUCUGGGAGAUUCCUCAACGUGUCUCAUGGGUACCCACCAUCUUUUGUGUAUUUCAGUGGAAUCUGUUUGGUGGGUUGAGGGGUGUGUUGGCUCAGCUGCACGGUUAGGGCAGUUACGUGUUUAAGUAAAGCAUCUGCCCGUAGUUCCUCUCCAGUCUAGUGCCUUCCUUGAUCUUCCUACUGAGCUGCUGGAGUUCCUAAUCCCCCUUGUUGUGAAGUUUCCUUGUCGCCCUUCGGGGACCUGUUACCACCUCCCAUUCUCUUUGGAACUUAUUUUCCAGUCUUCCAACACCUUUGCAGCCGAUUCGAUGUCUUAGAAAGGCUGAAGGUGUGGGAGCAGGGCGGAUACCUGUUGUUCGGUCCUGGUCUUCAGCUGAUCCUUUGGUCUCCCAAGAGCCAGUCGGCAAAAUAGAUGGAACUCAGUUCUCAGAAAUGCCAGCCUUUCCUGGGCUAAGGAGCCUGGGACCCUAGAACUUAGCAUCAGAAUACAUACGUCACCACUCUCCUGCUAGACUUUCAGGCUUUAGAAUUCAAUCUGAAGUAUUCUAAGUCCACCUACAGUGUUACUGGCACUACUUUGACCUCAGCCUAUGUUCGUUGUCUUUCUUUAGAAGCGCGUAAAGCUGCGCAGGGCUUGGAGGAGGGUUCAUAGUGAAAGGAAGCCACGGUUUUGUAUCUUUGUCCUGUUUCGGAAUCCUUCGGAUGUCAGAAACAGGUAUUCAGGCUAAAGAAAGGAGGGAAUCCUAAGGAUACAGGGUAUUUUAUAGACCCCAGUGCGAGAAGUACAGUCGAUUCUUGUAUGGGGCUGGGCUGGGACUGUCAGACUUUGCACCCGGUCCUUUCUCCUGCUUGUCAGGCACAGCCCUGGAAUAGACAACCCAGUCCCCAAGUCUACACGACGUCCCAGCUCUAGGGAUCGCCGUACACAGCUUCCCAGUGCCUCUUGAUUCAUUCAGAUUCUCAAGAAAGAACACGAUCGGCCCAGCACAUUGCCUGGGUGUCUACGCCUGACCAGUUAGCCUUGGCGUGUGGGGCGGCAGCGGUGUGCCCCUUUGGGUGGGAGAUGGGGGGAGAAGAGGCUAUAGGCAGGAUAGAUACCCUAAAGGUCUUUUAGUAGUAAAGCUGCUGUCAUACUGCGUUUUUUUAGAGUAGAAAGGUAGGCAUGGGACUGUGUCUGGGAUGUUGAGAAAAUUCUUGGGUUUUGCUUAAUUUGGGUUAUCGUCAUCUUUAUUUCCUUAUUUCCUGUUUUCAAUCCCUUUAUCAGUCUUGGCAUCCAAGAUUUCUUACCUCCCUCCUCAGGACCCGUUUCUCCUGUUCCAGAGCUAGUCUGUUCUUAGGUGACGUUUCUUUGCCUUCAUUCAAUCUCAGGUUUUUAGCCUUCUUUCAUAUUGUUUGGAGAGCAGAUCACACAUCCCACUGUAGCCACCCAUGGACUUUUGGGCUCUCUUCAAGUUUUAGCACCGAAAAUACAUCCAUUCUGUGGGCCCGUGGCCCUGGCUCCCCUCCUCCUCGAGGAGAGCCCUGCGGUAAUAUUCUUGGGCAAGCCUUCCGGGGUACCUCAGAAACUACUUCCCCAUAGCCAGCAGGAAUAUAUAAUAACCGGGACAGUAGCCAGGAUAUAAAUUAGAUGUAGAUUCCAGUUUAGAAGAGUUUUGACUGAGAGCUCUUUAGACCGGGAACCCUGGUCUCCCCUGUCCACUUGAUUUCUUUGUAGUCCUGUAUCAGAGCCUUUUUUAAUUUUAAUUUUAUUUUUCAAAAAACUGCUUGCCUACUAAGUCUUUUGAUCUUGCUUACCUCAUCCUAGAGCCUGUCCCGUGUUCUUAAGGCAUGUUCAUAAUUACUUGUAACUUUUUUAAACUGUUGGAGUCGUUAGGAAUACACAGAAGUAACCUAGUAAUCCAAAGAUACACAUUGAGGCACGUGAUGAAGGGUGGGUCGUCAGCCCUUGCAUUUGGUGUCCUGGACGGGGCGCCAGAAUCAAGGAGCAGAGGGACAGCAGGGCCGGGUGCCUCCCUGUCCUAGGAAAUCUGGCGUGGUUCCACAGGGGAGCGCAGUGUUUUUUGGGUCUAAGCAGCGGCACCCGCGUAAGAGGCGGGGGGCCGGGACGGGAGGAGCAAGCUCUGGCCGGAGGCUCCCUCACAUUCAGACGGGAACGGGAAAAGAACGGAAGGGCCAGCUGUCGGCUAAGAGCAACAGCUGUCUGGAGCUCUCCCUGCCGCUUCCCUUGUGUAACGCUCGAGAAAAACGCGGUGGACCGCUCCCUCUGUUCGCCCAGAGCAAAGGCUGAAAGCCAGCCUCCGCUCUCCUACCGCUCAGGCGGCCGAACAGAUCAGCGGAGUUCUGGUUGCCCGGCUCCACGUUCUUGACCCGCUCCCGAAAUGAACGUGAGGGGCACCCCUCCACUGCCUCUCACAAGUCCUCUUUGCACGCCCGAGCCGGACCGGAGGGCCAGGGAAGGGGGGAGGCUCGGGCACACGCCCCGGGCAGCUCCUCGGGCCUCGCUCCGCCUCCCGCCCAGCCCCGACGAGGGGGGCGCCGUGUGCCCACGCCCAGUGCGCCAACCUGCUCGCGUGUCGCGUGCCCCGUGUGUCCGUUCCCUCCUCCCUACCUACCUCGGACCCUGCUCGGGGCGAGGUAGCCGUGCUCAUGGCGGUCUUGAAACCGCAGAGGCAGAGAACCACGUAGGAGUCUGUAGACUGUGUGUUUUCUCUUCCUCGGUUUCUUCCUUCUGCUGUCUGGGUAAGCCUGCAGGCACGUUGCCCGUGAGAGUGGAUGCCUCCUGACCUACCGGUCUCCGUGUCUCGGCCUUGACCUCCUGCUGAAACAUGUGGUAGGGGCAUGGCAGCUACGAGGUACCUCCUCCUACAUUUGCUUUCUGGCUGUGGUGACUUGGGAUUUUUAACCUUAUAUAUCUUUUUCCUUUAUUCAAAACAAAACAAUUUUUAGCACACUGAAAAAAAAAAAAAAAAGCCAAACAUUUUUGUGCCUUUCUAAGGCAGCACUGUAACUCAGGCUGCAUUUUAGGACUUAAUAUGGAAA